AUGUACCUCGCGUGGGUGUUCCUGGGGGCGUGGUUCUUUGCGUCGGGGGCGGGCCUCGCGACUACAACCGUCCAAGUUACCACCGAUCCCGCGACAGUUUCCUGCGAUCGGGACGGUAACUGCACUACCGUUGCUUCGGAGGUGGCGCACCUCAACGUGACUGGCCUCAAAGGAGCUCCGUCAGGUCGCAGGAACGCGUCGGAAGAAACGAAAAGUACCGAACGAGACGGGGAUAGCGACGUCUGCACGUGCAAUUUGCAACGACGCUAUUGCGACGUGAACUGCUGUUGCGACCGCGACUGCGACGGCGUAGACAAGAGGGCGCUGUUCGGCUACUGUGACGUCGACGGUCGUCACUUCUACGACGACCGGUAUUGCGACUACGUGCGUCACGUCUACGUCAACAAUACGCCGUACGAGUGGUGGGUACAUCAGGCUGGGCUUUUUUGCGUGGUGAAGAGUAACGCCCCAAAAUCGUACGUCGUGCAAAGACAUGAGCCGAUCAGGACGGUGGACGAUUUCGAAGGUUACGGGUUGCGGAAUGUGUGGAACGUGACGGAGUGGCGCAGUCGCGGCGGAUUCCGUCCCGAUCGAAAAAUGACGUACGGCGAUCCGAUCUGGUUGUUAACAGUUGACGGGCGGAUCGAAAAGUUGGCGCUGCCCAAACGUUUUUUGACUUCGAGCUGUGCGUACGACGAGGACGUGGGGUACCUGAAGCCGGCCAAGAGCUCGUGCGAGCUUGCGCAGUCGAAACGUCCCAGCCUCUUGGCUUAUUUUGCGGACCGCAAGGUUAUAAUAAGGCCGCAUCUUUUCAACGCUACAGACAACAGCACCAACUCUUACGCGACCUGUCCGGGGAACGUGUGUCGCGCCAUCGACGUCGCCGUCUGCGCGGCCGACAAUUUUGACAGUUGCACGCGGAUGGCGACGCCGCCCGCGCCGUGUUCGCGCGGCGACCCGAAAAGUGACGUCGCGCGGACUUGCGGCAACGCAACCGUCGAAAGAAUUCGCUACGUCGUGCGUCACAACGGCUCCGACGGAAUCGAUUCCGUACGCGCGGACUUGAUUCCGCUCGACCACGUCCCACGCCGUUUCGUCCAACAUUUCUCCGUCGUCUUUUACUGGACUGGCCGGACGGCCAACUAUUCGACGGCGCGAAGCGGCAACCCGGGAUACGUGCCGGGCAGGGCCGUACUCGCGGCCGUCAGAGACGGCUCGUCGAUACGUCGAAACUCCACCGCGUUCGCGGACAAUUUUUUAACUCUGCCCGGCGUCGUAAGAGGGCGCUGCGCGGCGCACUCGUCUAUAGACUUCGGCUAUGACGGCGUCGUCAAGUGCGCGUUGCGGGUGAACGUCACUCGCGACGACGCCGCCGCGUGCCGACGCGUUCAGGUGGCCAUUUUGAACGCGUGGAGCGCUUCGAACGGGACGUCGCGCGUCGUCGGUCUAUUCGGUAACGCGGACGCGUCGCGGCCCACCGACUGGACCGACGUCCUGGACGUCGAGAACGCGUCGGUCGCGUUGAAUCGAACCGGAAGGGACGCCGCGACGUCCGGCGACGCGACGCUGACGUGCCGACGCCUCGCGACCUCCCUAUUUGUCGACGUGGUCUACGCGAGAGUGGAUUUCGAACGUCUAAAGGAACAGAACAAAAUUUUGGGCGUGACGCGCCGGUUCCUUUUCGAAAAUUUGACGUUUGGCGUCGGCGUCGAGACGGACGUCGAGCUGCGCGGCGCCGCGUCGUUCCACGACGUCACCGCGCCGAAGAGGCGGCGCUUUGUCGAGCCUCCGCGUCUAGACAUUCGUCUGCCGUACGAUUUCUUUUAUCCGUUCGUGAGAAUCGGCAACGUCGCAGAGGCGCGCGUCGCCUCCGCCCACUCCGUUUUGGUCUGUUACGUUCUCGCCCUGCUGAUCAAUUAAAUAAAUACGUUUGGGUGUUUGGGUGCUGUUUUUCUUGCGAAAAAGCGAAGAAACGAAGAAUUGUACUGCCACGAGAGAUUUUUAAGGUUUCUCUGAAAAGCAAGAACCCGUAUGAAUUGAAUAACGUUCAAUACUUUUUAAUAGAAUUUCGGGGGACUCGUGUUUGAUUAUUUUGGAAAAUAUUUAUGGUAUCAAUGUACAAGCGACAAAAUGAAUAGACGGUGCGCGCCUAUUAAAAAAAAAAAACUGAUUGUAUUAGUGGGUGAACACAACAAAUUGUUGAAAAAAAAAUUUCCAUUUAAGUGACAGAAUGUCUUUUGAGGUUGCAAUGGAGAAUCAUGUAAUGAAUAAAGGUGAACUUUUUUUUAAAUGGAAGUAUGAUAUACAUAUGUAAUACAAUACACAAUAUUUUUUCACAAACACCCUGUAUAAACGAUAAUAGGUUAAAUGACCAUUCCACUUUAUAAAAUUGUUGGCAUAAUAAAAUUACGGCUGUCCGAAACGGCGUUAAAAAUAUAAGGUAUCAAACAACGCAUUUUUGUCGAAAAAUGGCCGUAAAUCCGAAGACACUCAGUAUAGACCAUAACCCUACAUUGGGUAUUAUAUUUAGAAACAUUUU